GGGGAGGGAGGAAGAGAGAGGCAGUUCACCAAUCAGCCGCAAAUGCGUCAACUGUGUUACAGCGGGGCUCACGCUUAAAUCAACCGCGAAGGUGCGCGUGUGGGCACAGGUGUAUACAUGCGUGGCCACUACAGCGCGUCACUUUGAAGGAGGACAGGGCGGAAGCGCAACGUUUGGGAAAGCGUAACCGUACCUACAUACCAGAGGUGGUAACCGCGAAAUAAAUCUACUUGGACUGUGGAGAAUUUUGGAAUUAUAAUAUUUAUUCUACCCUGUGUGCUAUCAAGAUUAUUGCACGCCUGUUACAACAUAUGUAUUUGGAUUACAGUGGCCAAUUUGCAGUUCCAAAGCGGAGAAGCGCACAAGAAACUGCGUCUUGAAAAGGGAAAACUUGCGGAUAAAACCAUUAUCUGCUGAAUACUGUCAUAAACCGAAAUAGCCCGAAUGCACUGCACAUAUUUUAAACCUCAGGAGUAGUCGGUGUGGAUUUUUUUUCUGUUCACCUCCUAAAAGCAGGGAAUACAAAGACCACCUCAUAGAGCCAUCGGCCCCUCUCCUGUUCACUACGUUCAAUUAACCUGCCCAAGAAAAGAAAAGAAAAAACUGAUGAUGACGGAAAACAGUGAAAAAGAGAAUGAACCACAGAACCGAGACCGCGAGAACUCGCAUGGCACGAUGUCCAUACAGCACGCUUCUAAGCUGCAGCGUCUGAAGCGCUCCCUGUCCUUUAAGACCAUCAUGCGCAGCCGGAGCGUGGACAACUUCUUCCAGCGGUCCAAUAGCGACGCCCGCCUCCCGACUCCUGCCCCCCCCCGCCUCCCCGCUCCUGCACCGCCGCGAGGUCCCCCUCUCCCCUCGCCCUCCCUCAGCCCCAACCCGUCCCUGUGCUCCCGCUCCCCCACCCUGGCCUCCUCCCCCUCGCUCUCCGCCAAGCCCGCCCCCCAGGCCCGUCCCGUGGUCACGCACUGCUUCCUGGAGCACGUGUUCCGCCGGCCCACUUCCUGUCAGCUAUGCAAGCACGCCAUCGUCGGAAACUCCAAACAAGGCCUACGCUGCAAAACCUGCAAGAUGGGCGCUCACCUCUGGUGUUCCUCCGAACUGUCCCAGCAGCCCUGCAACGGCAAGUCUGGGGUGUUCAAGCGGAACUUCAGUUCCCCGAUGCUUAUAAAUGACCAGUUGGGUGCCGUCCAGGAAGCUCCCGCCCCCAAAGACCCCGGGAGGGCGCGUGUGGACCCGGUGUAUGAGGCCCUGCGCUACGGGACGUCCCUGGCACAGAUGAGCCGCUCCAGCUUCGGCAGCGUCUCCGAAUCGCCCACCCGCAGCAUGGGUGAGGGAGGAGAGGGAGGAGAGGACAGAGAGGGAGGAGAGGACAGAGAGGACAGAGAGGACAGAGAGGACAGAGAGGAAGGCCAGCCCAGCGCUGAGGAAGACAGCGGCAGUCUGGAUCUCGGAGAUCUCCCGGUCACUGAGAUUGAGAAAGUGGAGCCAGAGGACGGGAUCAGCAGCCAGAAGGUUCCCAAACGGAUUGAGGUUCACUCAAUCCAUACUUACGUUGCACUGUAUAAGUUUCUGCCACAGGAGCAGAAUGACCUGGAACUACAACCAGGGGACCGUGUGCAGGUCACAGAUGACUCAAAUGAAGAGUGGUGGAAGGGGAAGUGCGGAGAUAAGGUGGGGUUUUUCCCCGCAAACUUUGUGCAGAGAGUGCGCCCCGGGGAGAGGGUGUGGCGGGUCACCCAGGGUAGCCAAGGAAACCGAGAGACAGGUCACAUGGCCGUGAAAGAGUCUCAGAUCUGUGUGGGUAAGAGUGAGGACAGUAAUGGCUGUAUGAAGCUGAGCAGUGGGAAGAAGAGAGGUCUGGUCCCCUGUGACUCCCUGGAGGAGAUAUGAGCUUCUUAUGACCCCCUUUUCACCUCCCCCCUCACCCCCUCACCCCCUGCCCCCUAUUCCCUGCCCCACCCCCAGGAGGGGCGUUGUCCCACCAUGCCCCAAGAAGAAGAGGCUGAGCACGGAUGGAGCAGCUCAAACCCCAAACUUUUAUCCCUGACCUUAAGCCCCUCCCAUAAUCACAGAAGGGUUGGCCAGCUACGCUUCCUCACAAAUCGCUCGACCCCAGAUUCACCUCUGAUUUUUGGCCCAGGGCUGCUGGAUCACAUGACACUCUCCCCCAAUGGGACAGACGCUCAGGCGGACCUCUCACCCUGCUUCCCCAAUCCUGGACCUGAAGGAGGGGACAUUCACAGUUUUGUUUUGCUCUGCCUACAUGUGUGGGCGGGGCCUAGCCAGGUAGGGGCUGGAGGACAGGGGAAGAGAGGACAGAACGGAGGAGGGAGGGAGCAUGUGUGUGUGUGUGCGUGUGUGUGGGUGUUGUGUCAUGUCUUGCCCCACUCUGCUGCACUCUGGGUCCCUGUAUUAGGAUUAAGUUCAUCUUCAUUCAGCCCUGUGGUUCUUCAGUCAGACCCCCAUUCCGGCUCUGUUUCCUCAUGCCCUGUAAGGUUCAAACCUGGAGAGUAUGCCAAACCCUGCCCGUCAAUAUUCAGCACACCGUGCAGCCAGACACGAGGACCACACAUGAUCAUGGGGUCCACCCGCAAUGCUCACUCCUCUAUUCAACAAUCUAACUGCAAUGAGCCUUUUCUGUGAGUAACAGGCCUUGGGUUUAAUUUCUUUUCUUUUUACACAAUGUCAGGAGAUCAGCAGUUGGUGAAAUCAAUGAAACUUGUUGCAGUAAUUUACUAAAGUGCACUGCAGCUAAGCUGAACAGAAGCCAUACUCAGUUCCUGAGAACAUGAGGCAUGCAGGUCAGGGAUGAUACGAGAUAGAUGAAAAUAUCCUGGUCUCAAUCAAACACAGAUCAAUAUGUGAAUAUGUGAAUAUAGCAGUGACCUCCGGAACAACUUUGAAUUUUCCUCGGGGAUUGAACGGACACGGGGUCUGAUCGUCGAUAUUCCUGCCCGACGGAACUUCAGGGCUGGAGUGGAAACGAUGGAGGAACAUGCCCAGGUGCCCGUACGGCAGGUGGGGGGCCCGGUUUCUGGGGCCCGGUUGCCGGGGCCCGGUUGCUAGGUUUUUGAGAAAGGGAGGGGCAGUGUGGGGCGGGGCAGUGUUUUAAAUAGACUGCUUCUGUCAUGAUCAGUAAAGGGGUCCUCGUGGGGGAAGGGGGGGUGGGUGUGAGGAGAAGGUGUCUGUAGGUGCAGGAUUUGAGAGAGGGGAGGGAGGGAGGGAGGUGGGCGUGUGCUUCACAACAGGGUGGAGUCACCUGACAGAGACUUAAGGACUCCAGUGCUCUGGAGGCUGGUUGGGCGUAGUAGUCACAGCACUUAUUAGUCAUUCCGGGUUUUGGCAAGUGGUAAGCAGACAGGGGGUCCCUAAGUCCUGCUCAUGGUGCUAAAAUCCAUUCUCUCUGCUUUGGAAUGGCAGUUAUAUUAGACCAGAGUCUGCAACCUGGGUACUGGAGAACCACAGGGUCUGCUGGUUUCCACUUUUACUCAGGACAUACUGAUAAAUGAAAGCAGCUGGUUGUACUCUAAACUCACCUCACCUGGUUCUUGGGUCUUAACUGGCUGACAGACAGACAGAGAGAUACAGAGAAAAAGAUAGACAGAGAGAGAUUCAGAGACACAGAGAAAGAUGCAGAGACAUAGAGAAAUAGAGAGAUAAAGAAAUAUAAAGACAGAGAGAUACAGGGAAGAUGGAGAGAGCUCUUGGAUGAGACUGAAACAGUGAAUAGACCACCCUCCCCCGGUCUGUCCCUUCCCAGGGAGCACUGCUUGGGCCGUCCUUCCGGAUGCUUCCUUACGAGGGCAGAGCUCCCCCUGUCAGCGUCCGUGUCCGAGUCCUCUCUUUUCACCGUUCUCACUCCGGGACACACACGGCCCCGCAUCACCGGUUUCAUUUUUACAGCGAGAUUUGAAAAUGGACGGAUCAAAAUCGAGUCUGUAUCUUAAGCCCCCGCACUGCUGGAGAGGCAGGGUAAGGGGCAGGAGAAAUGGAUGCCCGCUGUCCCGGUUUCCCUGUCUCGCAAAUCUCAACUCCACCGAUACACUAGGUUCUACCGCUGAAGAACCGACUGAAAAACCGAACAGCCGGAUAACUCUUCUGAUAAUCUACCGAGUGUGUGCUGUUAUGCUGUGUAAUUCCUGCAAUAAAUGACCACCCCCCACCCCACCCACUCCCCCCCUCACCUCAUCGGCAGUGCAUGUGCAUUGUGUCCCCAUAGUUGAGCUAGGCAUUGUGGGUAGCCCUGAUGCUCAAAGUCUUGUGACUCUUACUUGUCUGUUUCAGUGAUAUUUGUGUUCAACCCAAGAUGUGAAAACAGGCGGGAAAAUGUUAGAGAAGGGGUUGUGCAGGGGGGUAUCCUCUCUUGCGAGCCAAAAUGUGAAAAUUUUAAAAACCCAAACCUUCUUCUGGGUGAAUAAUUUGUUGCUGGAUAGCUGUCCAUCUAAAUGUCUGUUGGAAAUAGAACAUUAUUUAUUUUAUUUUUUCAUUGUUCAUAUGCUGGAACAGCAAUAACAGCCUAUGUGUAGCACCUUCUAUGGCAGUGUUUCUCCACCCGGUCCCAGGGGUCCCGCUACGUAUGCUGGUUUUUUUGUCAAAGCCUAUCUACUGAUCAAUACGUAUGUUUAAGUUAUUCCAUAAUUGUGUGCUGUAAGUAAACUCCUUUCAUUUUACGCAUUUGGUUUCAGGUUUUCCACACUCUCUGCCAACAGGACCCAGCUAAUUUCACCUGUCAAUUUGUCACUGAAUCAAUUCAAAAUGGAAGCUCUUUCAAUUGGAAUUAUCUGCCAUAUAGCACAUACAUCACUGUAAAUUGAAGCACAAGUUGGUCUGACCGGUUGAAAUUCCUGGGAUGUGAAUAUGGGACAUUUAGUUUUUACUGCAUACAUAGCUAUUUCUAGUGUAAUGUGGCUUUUAAGAGGAUAAAUCAUCUUUGAGUAGAUGUAAAAAGUCUCAUUAAGUACAGUUAGCUGCUCAUUACAGUACUGAGCUCGUUACUAUGGUUGGAACAAAAAUUAGCAUGCACAGUGGUCACCCAGGACCAGGGCUGAGAAACACUGUUCUAUAGACCAUGAAUUUGCAACAUAAUGUAAUGUACAUAGUGGAUAAAUCUCAUGCAUCUGUUAUUUUCUGUGUGGCUUGCAGACUGUGUGCACAGGCAGACUUCUGCUGGCUCGAAUAAACCUUGGGAAACCCCGCUGUGUCUCACAAA